CGCCCCCGAGAUGCGCCCCGGAGCCCGCGAAGCCGCCGCCCGCGGAGAGGGUCCAGGUGGAAGGUUUGAAGGCUGCAGAAGAUCAGUGGAGACAGCUGUUUGGCGCCUCUGUUCCUGACCCCUAGUCGGCCUUCAGCAGCAGUCACCUGCAAGGCUUCGCUCACCUCGCACUGUAGUCCGGAGUGGACAUGUUCAGCUCUGAGAUGACCAUCAGUGGCCUCACUGCAGAUCUCACUGCCAAGGAAGCCAGCAGGCCCAGCAGGAAGCAACUCAGUGACAUCCAGAACUCCUGCCCGUCUUUCCGUGCUGGAGCCCGGCACAAGUCCCUCAGCAUAAAGGACAAGAUAUCAGAAUGGGAAGGGAAGAAGGAGGUGGCAGGUUCUGCUUCUGGCCGGAGGACAGACGGAGAAGGAGAAUGCCCACAGUCCUGUGUGACGGAGAGAAGUGGUGAGGCAGUGAGACCUCGGGCCACCGAGCCCAAGGACCGAGCGAGGCCGGGAACAGAGCACGUGGAGAAGGAGAGGCACCGAAGAGGGGUCAGGGCCAAGGGACAGGAUGCUCCUGAGCUGGGACAAGACCGCAGCCAACCAGACGGGGAGCUGGAGGCGCGAUCUGCCAGGCGUGUUCCCAAUGAUCACCUGUCGGUGCUAAAGCAGGUGAAGAAACUAGAGCAGGCUCUGAAGGACGGCUCAGCCGGGCUGGACCCCCAGCCGCCGGGGACCUGUUACUCCCCACACUGCCUGCCUGAGAGGGCCGAAGAGGGGCUGCCCCUCCCUGAGACCGGCCGAGGCAGGGCUGGCUCGGAAGUCAGCCCGCAGCAGCAGCGGCAGCAUCUUGGCCAGGCCUGGGAGCUGGAAGGCAAGGAACCUGACCCCGAGGCUACAGGCUUGGAGGGAUGUGCCCCAAAGCCCUUCAUCAACCCCCUUCCGAAGCCCCGGAGGACGUUCAGACAUGCCGGGGAGGGGGACCAGGACAGGAAUCUCGGUGUUGCCACGACUGGAAGCUUCAGGAAGGAGAAAAGAAACCUGCCUCCUCUGCCUGCCCUUCCUCCCCCACCCCUGCCCUCCUCACCCCCGCCUCCCUCAGUGACCCGGAGACUGGGGAACUCAAGGCAGAAGUCCAGUGCGGACCACAGGAAGUCCUACGAGUUUGAAGAUCUGCUGCAAUCUUCCUCUGAGAACAACAGGGUAGACUGGUACGCGCAGACCAAGUUGGGGCUCACACGCACUUUUUCGGAGGAGAACGUCUAUGAAGACAUCCUAGAUCCACCCGUGAAAGAAAACCCGUAUGAGGACGUCGAGCUGCACGGCCGCUGCCUGGGCAAGAAGUGUGUCCUGACCUUCCCUGGGUCUCCCACCCCUUCCAUCCCUGACACGCCCACCAAGCAGUCACUGUCCAAACCUGCUUUUUUCCGGCAAAAUUCCGAGAGGAGGAACUUCAAACUGCUGGACACGAGGAAGCUGAGUCGGGAUGGAACAGGGUCUCCUAAAGUCAGCCCCCCCUCCACACCCAGCAGCCCCGAUGACACUUUCUUUAACCUUGGAGACCCACAGAAUGGCAAGAAGAAGAGGAAGGUCCCCAAGCUUGUGUUGCGAAUCAACGCUAUUUAUGAGGCGCGGAGAGGGAAGAAGCGCGUGAAGAGGUUGUCCCAGUCCACAGAGAGCAACUCAGGAAAAGUGACAGAUGAAAACAGUGAGUCUGACAGCGACACCGAAGAAAAGCUGAAAGCCCACAGCCGCCGCCUGGUCCAUGUGAAGUCCCGCCUAAAGCAGGCCCCUCGGUACCUGUCACUCGAUCGGGAGCUCAUUGAAUACCAGGAGAGGCAGCUCUUCGAGUACUUCGUGGUCGUGUCCUUGCACAAGAAGCAGGCCGGGGCUGCCUACGUGCCCGAGCUCACACAGCAGUUCCCUCUGAAGUUGGAAAGAUCUUUCAAGUUCAUGAGGGAGGCGGAGGACCAGCUGAAGGCCAUUCCCCAGUUCUGCUUCCCCGAUGCCAAGGACUGGGCUCCAGUGCAGCAGUUCACCAGUGAAACGUUCUCGUUUGUCCUAACUGGAGAAGAUGGGAGCAGAAGGUUCGGCUAUUGCCGCAGACUGCUGCCUGGAGGCAAAGGAAAGCGGCUUCCGGAAGUGUACUGCAUCGUGAGCCGCCUGGGCUGCUUCAGCCUCUUCUCCAAGAUCCUGGAUGAGGUGGAGAAGCGACGUGGCAUCUCCCCUGCCCUGGUGCAGCCUCUCAUGAGGAGCGUCAUGGAAGCACCCUUCCCGGCCCUGGGCAAGACCAUCGUUGUGAAGAACUUCCUGCCAGGCUCUGGGACUGAGGUGAUUGAGCUGUGCCGCCCACUAGACUCCCGGCUAGAGCACGUAGAUUUUGAAUGUCUCUUCGCAUCCCUCAGCGUCCGCCACCUGGUCUGUGUGUUUGCCUCCAUGCUCCUGGAGAGGAGAGUCAUCUUCAUUGCCGACAAGCUCAGCACCCUGUCCAAGUGCUGCCACGCCAUGGUGGCGCUCAUCUACCCCUUCAGCUGGCAGCACACCUACAUCCCGGUGCUGCCGCCUGCCAUGAUCGACAUCGUGUGCUCACCCACCCCUUUCCUCAUCGGGCUGCUGUCAAGCUCGCUGCCGCUGCUCCGGGAACUGCCACUGGAAGAGGUCCUUGUGGUUGACCUUGUCAACAGCCGGUUCCUCAGACAGAUGGAUGACGAGGAAUCCAUCCUGCCCCGGAAGCUGCAGGUGGCCCUAGAACACAUUCUGGAACAGAGAAACGACCUGGCUGGUGAGCAGGAUGAGGGGUCUCCAGACAGCAAGCAUGGCCCCGACUCCAGCCCCUUGAAUGAGGUGGUGUCCGAAGCCUUUGUGCGCUUCUUCGUGGAGAUCGUGGGUCACUACUCCUUGUUCCUGACGCCGGGCGAGCGGGAGGAGAGGACGUUGCAGCGGGAGGCCUUCCGCAAAGCCGUCUCCUCCAAGAGCCUCCGCCGCUUCCUGGAAGUCUUCAUGGAGACCCAGACCUUCCGCGGCUUCAUCCAGGAGCGGGAGCUGCGCCGGCAGGACGCCAAGGGUCUGUUCGAGGUCCGAGCCCAGGAGUACCUGGACACGCUGCCCAGCGGAGAGCACAGUGGCGUCAAUAGAUUCCUGAAGGGACUGGGCAAUAAGAUGAAGUUUCUGCACAAAAAGUAGCCCUCAACAUGGCCUCAAGGAAAAUUCUAGCAGGAAUACAGGAUGUGACAGGCGCCCCAGGUGCUGGGGUAAAGACCUGGAGAUUGGGAUGGGCUCCAGCCGCCCUGUCACGGGCUGUCCCCCGGGGCAGCCAGGCCUGGGAGCCACACGGAUGCACUGCCCCUCCAAGACUGGCACUGGCGAAGGAGUGAGAACCAGGCAUGGCAGCCACACAGCAGUAAUUCACAGUGGUGCUUGGAUUUGCAGUAUUGGGUUUCAUAAUCUUGGGUAUUAAAAAAAAAAGAAAAGGAA